CGAAAGUUGCUCAAGUGGCCGCGACUGAGCGCGAGGAGGUGCACCGGGGUGCUGAGAUCUGCUCGCGCGAGCAAACGAGGAUCUGAGGAUCUGUCCGUGGUGCUGAAGCGACAGAGCGCGAGAGGUACAGCGCAGCCGGUCCAUGUAAGAAACGCAAACUGUCCUCGUCCGCGCUGAAUCUCGCACGCGCUGUUCCAGCCUCUUACUCUGCGCGAGCGCAAUCCGCUUAUCGCGCUGCCGCGAUUAAAACUCUCUAUCGUCCUCUCUCUGUAUUUCCUGGAUCAGUCUGGUUUUCGAGCAAAUACGCUACGCUUCGCAUCGUUUCCGGGACGUUUAGCAUUUUCCAGAGGACAUUACACGACGAGAAUUAAAGGAUGCGCUUUAAUCCAACGGUCAUGCCUGAGAGAAGUGCUGACCGGUCCCACGCGCUCAUCCUCGCGCUCGUCGUCGCCGCUUCUCUGGCGAGCUCGCGAGGCCAAGGGCUUGCUCCAGGGCGUGUAAAAGUCCUUGGUCGGGCCCCACUGAUUACUCACACAAGAGAGGCUGAUGACGGUGGUGCUGAAUGAAGCUGCAGACGAAGAUGAUGGCAUUGGGCCAAGCGAAGGAGGAGGAGACUCAAAUUUAAAACAAGAUCUUAAGACCAUCACUAGCAAACAGGCCACCAUGAGGGAGCCCCCUGAGAUUGCAACAGCACUUCCACCACACUUUAACAAUGAACCUCAACUGAAAAGUCUUCUCCUCCAUAAGACUCUGCUCACCAAGAACUUUAAAGGAGACCAGCAGUUCUUCAGAAAUGGAGGUCACAUAAAAGCCCAUCCAACCUCUCAAAGACCAUAUUCCAUAGAACCUAAACAUCCACUUGGAGCAACUUAUGUGGUUCCUCAUGAAGAUGCAGCAGCUUUCUCGGACAUUGCUACAACAGUCAUGACAACAGCCAGUCCUACUAGACCUGGGAAGCUAGUAUCCAUAGGCCAAAAUAGACCAAGCAAGAGAAGGAUUGAAGGCAAGGUCUUGGAAGGUCAAUUAAUUAAGGCUACUAAUGAAUCAAGAACUGGACAACAAAGAAUUUUACCAAAGGCAGAACAGUCUCCCAGAGCAGAUUUCUCCAAAAAAGAACACCAGCCAGCAGAAAUAAACAUGGAUGGAGAUACAACCAUAACAAGCACAAUCCACACAACAACAGUACUCAGCACUAUGAGGGAACAAAGUCAGUGCAUCAUGAACUUGACAGAUGCUGCAGGCUACAUCGAGAUGCCACCAAUCUCUGAUUCAUUCGAAUCCACUAUGGAUUGCACCUACUUUGUGACGGUCUAUCUUGGCUAUGGAGUUGAAAUUCAGGUGCUGAAUGUGACACUGGUGGAAAGUGAGAAUGUGGUGCUGGAAGACCUAGGUGGCCUGGAACCCUCCAUCCUGGCCAACAAGUCAGGGCUGACAAAAGGGCUGGUGGUAAAAAGCUCCAGCAAUCAGAUCUCUAUUCACUUUAGCAGCAAGAAGCAGCCACGCCCAGGUUCCCUACUGCUGCGAUACAGAGCCUUUGUUUUGAGCUGCGCUUUCCCACAAGCCUUGGCUAACGGCGAGGUGACUGUGAGCAGUCUCCACGUAGGAGGCGAGGCCUUUUUCUUCUGUUUAACUGGAUAUCAGCUUCAUGGAGUAUCCUCUCUGACAUGCCGUAAUGCCACCAUGCCAUACUGGAGUGGCAAAGAGCCCAAAUGUGUAGCCUCUUGUGGAGGGAUGCUUAAAAACGCCACUCUGGGCCGCAUAAUCUCUCCUGGGUUUCCGGGCAAUUAUAGCAACAACCUCACAUGUCACUGGGUGCUGGAGGCCCUUGAGGGCCACAAGCUGCAUGUGCACUUUGAGAAAGUUGCUCUGGCUGAAGAUGAUGACAGGCUGCUGAUUAAGAAUGGGAACAACAUCGAUUCACCCCCUGUGUAUGACUCUUAUGAGGUGGAAUAUCUUCCCAACGAGGGUGUAGUCAGUACAGGAAGGCAUCUGUUUAUCGAGUUCAUCACAGAUGAGAUGGGUACCUGCACUGGUGCUGCCAUACGAUAUGAAGCUUUUGCCCAGGGCACGUGCUACAAGCCAUUUGUCAAGUACGGCAACUUCUCCAGCAGUGACAUGUCAUUCGGAGUGGGCACUGUGGUGGAGUUUUCCUGCGAGCCAGGAUACACAUUGGAGCAGGGCUCUGUUACUAUUGAGUGUGUGGACCCUGAGAAUCCACAGUGGAAUGAGACAGAGCCAGCUUGCCGUGCUGUGUGCAGUGGGGAAAUCACAGAUUCAGCAGGAGUGGUGCUUUCUCCGAAUUGGCCUGAAGCCUAUGAUAAAGGGCAAGACUGCAUCUGGGGCAUCCAUGUGGAGGAGGACAAGAGGAUCCUGCUGGACAUACAAGUCCUUCAUCUUGGUAAGAACGACAUUCUGACAUUUUACGAUGGAGAUGAUCUCACGGCCAACAUCCUGGGCCAAUACGGUGGAACUCUACCCAGAUUCAAGCUCUACACCUCCAUGGCGGAUGUGACCAUCCAGUUCCAGUCGGAUCCAGCCACCAACAUCUAUGGCUACAACAACGGCUUUGUGGUGAAUUUCUUUGAGGUGGCCCGCAACGACACAUGCUCGGAAUUACCAGAAAUCACAAACGGCUGGAAGAGCACUUCCCAUCCAGACCUGAUCCAUGGAACAGUGGUGACCUAUCAGUGCUACCCAGGGUUCCAGGUGGUUGGAUCUGAAAUUCUCAUGUGCCAAUGGGAUCUGACAUGGAGCGGAGACGUGCCCAGCUGUGAAAAAGUAAUGUUGUGUCAAGACCCGGGCUCUAUAGAACAUGGACGAAGGCUGUUGACAGGUUCACGCUUCACUGUGGGCUCCACUGUUCAGUACAUUUGUAAUAAAGGCUACACACUCUCAGGCCCAGGCCUGCUGACCUGCUACAGCCGUGACACAGCUGAGCCUAAGUGGAGCGAGAAGAUGCCCAAGUGUGUCCCCGAAAGGUACGAACCUUGUGGUAACCCCGGAGCUCCUUCCACUGCCAUCCAGAGCACUGAGAAAACCUUCUUCCAGGCUGGAGAAACUCUGACUUUCACCUGCCGACCAGGGUACGAGCUGCAUGGAGAAGCCACCAUCCGCUGCCUCCCAGGGCAUCCGUCUGAGUGGAGCGGAGCGCCACCUGCAUGCCAGGCCUCUGCAAGAGAUGUUAAUGAGCACAGAUUGGACGUAAUCAGCACAGAUUUUGGUACCGAGGGCACAGACACUGCCAUAGCAGUCAUGCUUCCUGCUGCAGUGGUCCUACUGGUCAUCCUGGGCAUUUUCCUUUACUUCUCCAAAGUCCAGGGAAAGAAUAUGCGCCUGUCCAGCUCCUCCUCGCUUCCCUAUAACAACAUGACUGAUGAAUCUGCAUUUGACAAUCCUGUCUAUGAGACCGGAGUAAGUAUUGAUGCCCUCAACCUGACAGACUUGGACUCCCAAAACACCGUUGUCCUGUCCUGAUCACUUGGCUUAAUUUGUCCUGUCAUCGCAUCACCAGCAGACGGCAGCAUGCGUGCUUACUUUCACCAUCAUUUUCACCUGAGAACACUUUAACUCUGACUUUCUGCUUCUGAAAUCUGGGAUUUAGCAACUUGCUCAAGCGUUAAUCUAAGUUAUAAACACAAGGAGUGACUUGCACAUGUCACUUUCCUAACAUUAUCUGUGUGCACCAUUGCUGAUAAAUCAAAUCCUGAUUAGAUAUACUCGUUAGGGACUAUAUUUUACUUAGUGAUUAUACAGUAUGAAUACUGGUGUUGAGUAACUUGGUGUAGAUUAUGAUUUGUUUAUGUUACAUACUGAGUUGAAUAAUGAGUUAAGAGAACCUCAAUCUAAAGUGUUACCCAAUAAAUUAUCCAGUAGAUUUUUUAGGAAGGAAUUUACAUGUGCAGCUCAGAUGUCAGAGUUCUUGUUUUAGUUCUCAGAAAACCUACAUGAGCAUGCAAAGUAAAAUGAAAACUUUUAAAGUCUUAUUGAAGAACAUUUGCAUUGAAUGAAAUGAUUUAUAAAAGAUUAUAUAGGUGUAAUAACAUUUUAGGGACAUUCAUUUCCAAUAAACAAUGGCAAAUAAUUUUUUUUUAAAAAGGUUCAUAAAAGGGGUUUUAUUUGUAUGAAGGUGUACAAGUAUGCAUUUAUGAUUUAACAAUGUCCAUUUCAUCCCCUACAUCCUGACCAUCAUUGCUGUGUAUCUGUUUCACACCACUGCAAAUGAAUUUGCUUCAAUUACUGCUUUCAUUUCGGGUAAGUCUGUAUAGCAUGAUCAUUGAAACAAUGUGAGCUGUAUAUUAAAAGAGAAGAAAUUAUGCAGAAUCAAAACUGAUUACUAUUUCUUCAUAAAGGAUUCAAACAUAACGGGGCGUGCUGUAUGAGGUUUGCUGUUGUUCCUAAUUUGGCCUUUGUGAGAUAAUAACACAAUACAUUUUGCUCUGGAUAAGGGCAGCUGCCAAAUGCUGUAAAUGUACAAAUGUAAACCAUCAAAGGAAUAGAUGAGGUAAACUAUGAAGAAAUGUUGCCUUCUGAACAUUAUGGUUAUGUUUUAUGAGCUAUAAGAAAUGCUCUAGAGUUCUCAUGAUAUCUUUUGCUCUCUACAUCUACAUGUUCCUGUCACUGGCCAUAUGCACGUCCUGCUACUACACCACCCCUACCAUCAGCCCCGGCUAGCCUUCCAUGAUAACUAAUGUCUGUGUGUGUGAGAAAGAUCGCAGCUACACCAUCAGAAGAACAACGAGGAGACCAAAUAAUAGGACUUGGCUGUUUAGAGACUAUUCAGCAACGUUCUCCACAUCUCCUCUUUCUUCUCUCCGAAAGCUCCUCCCCUCUUUCUGCUCCAACUCACACUUCUCCGCUCCUUCCUCUCUCCCCGCUGAGCUCUUGUACAGUCUAUUUUUCUCCAGAUGACACUGGAAAUGGUGGACAAUAUGAUGUUAUUUUUGUAGCGCUUCAGCAAAAUUGACCCAUCAGUUUUUUUUUCAGCGAGCUGUGAAUAUGUGCAUAUUAAGAUGAUGAUGAACAAUAACAGGGUGCUUUUGAGAAGUCCACAAGAACGGGACGCAUUUUAGACUCAAGGGACGAAUGAGUGCUUAGUGUUAUUUAUGUCAAUAUGCCUGUGUUAUAAUAAUGCCAUUACUUGGUCUAUUUACUACAUCAGCAAUGUUGAAUGUCUGCAUGGGGGUUUUCUUUCUUAGACACUUUGUAAAUAAAGUGAAUAUUCAAAAA